AGUUUAUCGUUAGGAUGCCGGAUAUACGUCGUCAAACUCGAAGCCUGUAAAAUUUUUCCUUUGUUAUCCCAUUUUCAAUGUUUUCAAGCACGCAUUAUUAAACAAUUUGUCAUCUUCCACUUCCGGUACUUCCCAAGGGAAAAAUACUUCCCUUCUUGUGUUUUUUACUAUAUUGCCAAAUAUUCAGAUUUGGCUUCUUUCCCCUCUUUUUUGGGUUCACCAAUUUGUUCUUGUCGUGCUCUGUUGUUGAUUUGAGCGUCCCUUCCCUUCGGUGCUUUUUGCAACAAUGGGUACUCAGCUCCAUCACAACUUGGUUCAAACCCCCACCAGUAAUGGCAAGCACCUCAAAAAAUGGCGCCUAGCCUUUGAUGCCAUCUUUUUUUCUAAAACACUGCUCUAUGUUGCCAAAAACGCUGUAAAACAGCAGUUAAAUGGCAGACUAUUGCGCACUCUGUCCUACACGGCAAUUGAUAUCAAGACACAGACUGAGCACUUUGAUAAAGUAAGUCUCUCCAAGCUUGUGGAGGAGGAAAAUCUUGACCAACUUAGAAGUUUUGGUGGGGUUGAUGGUGUUGUUGCAGCCCUGAAAAGUGAUGCAAAGAAUGGAAUCAGAGAUGAUCAUGCAGAUGUUUUCAAUCGACAAAUGGCCUUUGGUUCAAACACGUAUGAAAGGCCACCAGCAAAAAGCUUGUUCAACUUUGUGUUAAAGGCCUUCAAAGAUCCCAUGAUCAUCCUUGCGGUUGUGUGCAGUGCCUUUUCUCUUGGGUUUGGUAUUAGAAAGCAUGGACUGACAAAAGGAUGGAGUGACGGAGGCAGCAUAUUUCUCGCUAUUUCUAUAGUUAUCAUGGCAUCUUCUGUCAGCAACUACUGGCCCAACAGACAAUUCAACAAGCUGUCCCAAAUCAGUUACACUAUGAAGGUGGAAGUUGUCAGGAGUGGGUGGAGGCAGCAUAUCCCAGUUGAUCAAAUUGUGGUAGGAGAUGUUGUUUGUCUAAGGAUUGGGGAUAAAAUUCCCGCUGAUGGGUUGUUCUUACACGGCCAUUUAUUAUCAAUUGAUAAAUCAAGCCUGACAAUGAACAUUGACAUCGUGGCUGUUAACUGUCAUCUGAAUCCCUUUUUGUGGUCUGGCUCUAUGGUGGCAGAUGGGUAUGCCCUGAUGCUUGUCACAUCUGUUGGCAUGAACACAAAAUGGGGCAAGAUGCUUAGCACAAAAUGGAAAGAUCCACAUGAAACGACACCUAUACAGGCCCGGCUGCAAGCAAUAACUUCUUUAACCAGUAAAGUUGGCUUGAUGGUAGCUUCAUUGGUUUUCUUGGUGUGGUUGGUUCAUUACUUCAAGGGGGAAAUGAGAAACGGAUAUGUGCCAGGCAAGACAGAAUUUCAUGAAGUUUUCUGUGAGAUGGUUGGAAUACUAGCCACUGUAAUUGCUAUUGCAGCAGGAGCAGUUGCAGAGGGCUUACCAUUGGCUGUUGUAAUCACUCUUGCUUAUUCAAUGAAGAGUAUGACAAAUAAUCACACUAUUGUCAGAAAACAUUCAGCCUGUGAGGCAAUAGCCUCAGCCACCACCAUCUGCACAAAAUUGAAUCAGAUGGCAGUAACAAAGUUUUGGUUAGGGCAAGGAUUCAUUGAACAAGGUGCCUACUCACAAGUUGCACCAACCAUCAUUGAAUUGCUCCACCAAGCAGUUGGUCUACACACAACUCAAAACUCUUCAAAAGUUUCCUCAUUCAUUUGGACUCCAAUAGAAAAGGCGAUCAUUUGUUGGGCCAUCCAGGAGAUGGGCAUGAAUACUCGGGAAUUGAAGGAAACCUGCAGCAUUCUACAUGGUGAAGCAUUUGAUUCAAAGAAGAGACGUGGUGGGUUUUUGAUGAAGAAGAAUAAUGAUAAUACAAUCCAUGUGCACUGGAAAGGGACACCAGAGGCUAUACUAGCCAUGUGUUCACAAUAUUAUGACACAACAGGGAUUGUCAAAGCCAUUGAUUAUGAUACAAGGGAGAAACUGAAUCACGUAGCUCAAGUAAUGGCAACUGAUGGACUUCAAUGCGUUGCUUUUGCACAUAAAAAAACUUCCAUAGAUCUUUAUGAAAAUGGAAUAUCCCAUCAAUUAAUAGAAGAUGAUUGCUUGGCAUUCAUAGGAUUAGUUGGUGUAAAGGAUCUAUGCCAACCUGGGGUUCAAAAAGCUGUAGAAGAUUGCCAAUAUGCUGGAGUGAACAUCAAAAUGGUAACAAGAGAUGGAGUUUUAGUUGCAAGAGCUAUAGCAACUGAAUGUGGCAUACUCAAGCCUGAACAAAGCAUGGAGAGUGAAGUAGUAGAAGGGGCAGAAUUUCAAAAUUACACAGAAGAGGAGAGAAUGGCAAAGGUUGAUAAAAUUCGUGUGAUGGCAAGUGCCUCUCCUUCUGACAUUCUUCUUAUGGUGAAAUAUUUAAGACAAAAAGGCCACAUGGUGGCAGUUAUUGGUACUGACACAGAGGAUGCAGCUGCUUUGAGGGAAGCUGAUAUAGGCAUCUCUAUGGGGAUUCAGGCCGCUGAUGUAGCCAAAGAGAGCUCUGACAUAGUCAUAUUGGAUGAUUUUGUUUCUGUUGUCAAUGUUUUGAAAUGGGGGAGAACUAUGUUUAACCAAAUCCAGAUAUUUGCUCAGUUCCAGCUCACACUGAGCAUUACUUCACUAGCGAUUGACUUUGUGACAGCAGUUUCAGCUAGUGAGCCACCAACCAUCAAAAUUGUAGCUACCAUCUCAUCCGGAGAAAUCCCAUUUGCAGCUCUACAAGUUUUGUGGGUGAAGCUAAUCAUGGGUACAUUGGCUGCUGUGGCUCUUGCUACAGGGCAACCCUCUAAGGAGCUCAUGAAGUGUCCAGUGGAUGGAAAACCUCUUAUAACCAACAUCAUGUGGAGAAACAUAUUAGCGCAAGCUAUCUACCACGUAGCUAUCCUAUUGACCAUACAUUUCAAGGGCAAAGCAAUCUUCGGCGUGAAUGAGGAGGUAAAAGACACUAUGAUGUUCAAUACUUUUGUUCUUUGUCAAGUAUUUAAUAAAUUCAAUGCAAGAGAGCUAAAGAAGAAGAACAUCUUUAAGAGGAUACACAAGAACAAAUUGUUUGUAGGCAUCAUAGGGGCAAUAAUUAUUCUUCAAGUCGUGAUGGUGGAAUUUCUAAAGAGGUUUGCUGGUACAGAGAGGCUGAAUUGGGAGCAAUGGGGUGCUAGCAUUGGAAUCGCAGCUAUGUCAUGGCCAGUUGCUUGGUAUGUCAAGCGGAUACCUGUCCCAAACAAACCAUUUUUUAACUAUCUAAAGUGGAAGAAUUAGGACUUAGAAAUACAGUUAGUAAUCCUUAGGGUUUGGUAUAUAGUUUUGUGAUAAAUUCUAGAGUUCUAUUAGCAUUUGAUAGUGCACUUGUUCGCUAAUAAAAUAUGAUUUAGAUUUUGUACGGUUUCAUAAAUAUAUAAUUUUGUUUCCUCCAAUUAGGGCAGCUUUUACAACGUUAUAUCCUUUUGUUGGGACAAAAGCAAGGCAAGGAUAGAAAAGAAGCA